UAGGGUUAACCCGCGCACAGCACUUCUCACCGCCUCAGUGUGGCUGGGGAGGGGACCACACUUCGCCGCGAAAUUUGGUCUGGUGAAGGCCUGACCGAUUCGACAUCCCCCGACCGUUCCACCAAGUAAAAGAUGGGUAUCUCUCGUGACUCCCGCCACAAGCGCUCUGAGACUGGUGCCAAGCGCGCCCAGUACCGCAAGAAGAGAAAGUUCGAGCUUGGUCGUCAGGCCGCCAACACCCGUAUCGGCCCCAAGCGCGUUCACGAGGUCCGUGUCCGUGGUGGUAACCGCAAGUUCCGUGCUCUCCGCUUGGACUCCGGUAACUUCUCCUGGGGAUCCGAGGGUGUCGCCAAGAAGACCCGUAUCAUCGGUGUCGUCUUCCACCCUUCCAACAACGAGUUGAUCCGCACCAACACCCUCACCAAGUCCGCCAUCGUCCAGAUCGAUGCCACUCCCUUCCGUCAGUGGUACGAGGCUCACUACGGACAGACCCUCGGUAAGAAGCAGGCUGCCCAGACCGUUGAGCCCGUUCAGCGUUCCAAGCACGUCGAGCGCAAGUUCGCUGAGCGUACCAAGACUGCUAAGGUCGAGACCUCCGUCGCCAACCAGUUCGGUAACGGUCGUUUGUACGCUUGCAUCUCUUCCCGCCCCGGACAGUCCGGCCGUGCCGAUGGUUACGUCCUUGAGGGUGAGGAGUUGCAGCACUACCUCCGUAAGAUCCAGAAGAAAUAAGUGAUAUAUAUCCAC